GUUCUACAUAUUCUGUAUCACACACGAUAUGAUAAGUUCACACCAACUUGGAUAACACAAUUGCUGGUUACUUUUCAAUUUCAGUUUGACCACAAACACCAGUUUUACUAACAGCGUCCAAUUUCCUAAGGGUCUGACUGAAAAUUUAGAAUGCCAAAAGAUCGUAAGAUAUACAUCGUAAUUUUUACUUGCAUCAGUGUUGCCAUUUUCGUCACGAUUUUGGUUACUCGAUCAAAAUCUGAAACAAUUUAUAAAAUUGGAGAUAAUGGGAUUAACGCGAGGCCGAUCGAGUUUCUUUUUAAUGGAGAGUCUCGACUAACCGGCGAGCUUGGGGUCUCUCUUCCGUCCGCCAUUGGACCCGGUAACCCAGUCGCUUGUACCCCUCCGGACCCAUCCACCCAAUGCUAUUCUUACGGCGACUACGCCAAUCUGACCAUAACCGACGUUGGCGAUUAUUGCGCUAACAUUGAGUGGACCUCAGUUUUUGCCCGGAGACUCGAGGACUGUUUCAAUGUUGGGAGUGACGAAUAUAUCUAUGGCGCGAGCGGUGAAAACCAAAUGUACUGGCCGAUUAAUCCCGACGCCAAGAAUGAGUCUGCUUACAUUACGGGGGGAAGGUUUGGCUGUAUUAUUGAAAACUACUGGUUGUUCUCGAAAGGAGCAGUGAUCCAUGCAAAUGAAGAAAAUCCACUCUUUGUCAGUUGGAACACGACUCACCCAAAUCAGAUUUGCCUAAUAUCCUCAGAUAUAUAUCCAUAUUCUCAGCGUGCCCCGUUAUCCCUUCGAUACACCGUGUGCGUCGGAGAAAACGUCAAAACCACGCAUGUCUCACAUUUCCCAAAAUUCUACCAGAAACCGUCCUCCCUUCCGGACGAGACGAUGCUACUCUAUCCAUAUUUUUCUACUUGGGCUCAAUACAAGAGAGAUGUCAAUCAAUCGAUCGUAAUUGAUUUUGCACAACAGAUUGUCAGUCGCGGUUUUGAGGCGAGUAGCCACAUUCAGAUUGACGAUAAUUGGGAAACUUGUUACGGAGAGGGUGCAUUUGAUCCGAUUAAAUUUCCGGAUCCGGCAGAAAUGGUUCGCCAAGUGAAAACUCUCAACUUACGAGUCACGCUUUGGUUCCAUCCCUUCAUAAAUUUUGAAUGUGAAAUGUUUGUCACCGCCCUGCAAGCCGAGUAUUUGGUGAAGGAUGGGAAAGGGAAGGCGGGGAUAUCGUCGUGGUGGGUGGGCGACAACACUGGCUCAUUAGACGUCACAAAUCCUGCCGCCCUCGCCUGGUGGCUCGGCAGAUUGGCACAGCUGGAGGUCACCACUGGCAUCGAGGGGUUCAAAUUUGACGCUGGAGAGAUAACUUACCUCCCAUACUCCAUUUUAUUGACGGGAAAUCAGAAUCUCGUGCCAAAUUUGUACACUACCAAAGCUGUCGAAGCAUAUGCGGGGUUCGGAAAACUUGUGGAGGCGCGGGUUGGAAGGUUAAAUCAGGGACUACCAAUGUUCUUCCGUAUGAAUGACAAACGAAGCUUGUGGGGCUACCAGGUCGGUCUCAAGUCGAUGAUUCCUACCGCUUUACAAUUCGGCAUAAUCGGGUACCCCUUCGUCCUACCCGACAUGAUUGGUGGCAAUGCGUACGACGAGGGCUGGCCUUCAAAGGAAUUGUACAUCCGAUGGAUGCAAGUUAACGUCUUCAUGCCCGCCGUGCAGUUCAGUAUCGUUCCUUGGGAUGACCAUUUUGACGAUGAGACGGUCGAGAUUUGUAAAAGAAUCCUCGCAAUUCGAAAUCAAUAUCAGGACGAAAUUUUAAACGCGGCCAGCCAAGCGGUUGCGGAAGGAUGGCCGAUCAAUCGUCCGAUUUGGUGGGUUGACCCAACUGACCCCGUGACAUUUACGAUCGAUCAAGCGUACAUGUUGGGCGACAAUAUUUUGGUCGCACCUGUCGUCGAGGAAGGCGCUACAAGUGUCGACAUUUAUCUUCCCGAUGGUAGUUGGAUAUCCGGAGUUACAAACGUUACCCACCUUGGGCCAGGCUGGCUGAGAAAUUAUUCCGCCCCGUUAGACAUUAUCCCGUAUUUUGUUAAGACUAAUUGAGACAAGAUUUUUGCAUGCAUGUAUCUAUUUUCAUGUAUAUGUAUAUAUGCAUUUAUUAGAGUGUUAAAGAUAUUAGUCAACAAAAUUUUAACUAGUCAUCUACAGAAUACAUGCAUAUAUGUAUUUGUAUGUGCAUAUCUACAGCAUUUAUGUAUUGAAAAACUUAUUCUAUAGUUGGAAGCCAAUGUUUUUGACGACGCUCACAUGCGACACUGUUAAUAAAAACCUGUAAUCCAUCGCAAA